AUGGCAAACCGUUCUAUACCAGCUCCAACUUCGCGCCAGCUUUGUGCCGUGCUGUUCGAAGAACGAGACGACCGAUAUUACUGCCGUUUGUGUCCACUAAGCCGUGCCAAGCCAAGAAACGGUGGUUUCACGUCCGUGAUUGACCACUUGAACCGUAACCAUCGCGGCGUGUAUCUGGACGAGUAUUACAUCCUUGCCCGCCGCCCAAACGCACUUGAUAACUACGUUCGCGUUACGGUUGAUGGGGCCAUUAUGAACCGCUACCACUGGAUGGAUUGGGUGAUACUGGAGCACCAUGAGCUAUCUUUUUGCGAGAAACCACGAGCCCGCAAGUACACGUCGCUGGAGCCCAUUUCCAGGUAUUUGCUGAAGCAAGAUCUCGACUCUGUCGAGGUUGCGGUGCAGGCUCGUGUUCGUCAACGUUUGUCUGGCAAACCCUUCGGAUUCCUCUUGGACGCAUGGACGGAAGCUGGGACUCACUAUGCCGCCAUCAUAGCAGUGACUUCUUCGGCCUCUGAUGCUCAAGUUGGAGACAAGUUUCUACUCGUGUUUUCUACGUUCGCUGAUGAAGGGGACCGACUCGUUCAUUGA